AUGCAAUUCACUCAAGUUUUCGUUUCCGGUGCUCUUUUGGCCAUUGUCAGUGCUGUUUCCAAUCACACUACCGCUUCUUUCUCCAACUCAACCGUGUCUACCACUUCCAUUAUUACUUCGGCUCCAGUUUAUGAUAACAGUAGUAGUACCAUCACUGGACUCGCAGACUCUUCCACUACUAGUGACAAACACCACAAAAGUUCCAAGAGUGACUCCAGCUCUAGCACUUCUAAACACAACAAAACCUCUUCUACUUCCAGCACUAACUCCACUGGUCUUGGGUACAAAAAUAAUGCUGGUGUUUACGGUGCUGCUAUAGUUCCUGUUGCCAUGUUGUUGUUGUAA